AAAAGUCUCAAAUUGUGCCACAAUGGAGCAUGUGAUCACGGGAGAUGGAGCUGAUGAGGUGUUACCUCAGCUAAAUUCCAUCAAUUUGGAGUCUUGUUCUAAACUGACAUGUUUCUAUGAGGGAAGCAGUACGCUUAGCCUUCCAUCUUUGAAAGAAAUCACGGUGGCUAACUGUACAGCAAUGGUUACCUUUGUCUCUGGGUCUUCAAAAGAAAAAGACAAUGUAAAUACUUCUGAUGGUGGAGGAAGUCAAGAAAGGCAUGAUAUCCCUGUUCAACCAUUUUUCAGCGAUAAGCUUGAGGGUUUCAACCUGCAGUCUUUAGAGCUGUCUGGAAAUAUUAACAUUCAGCAAAUUUGGCACAAUCGGGUUCCAGAAAUGUCUUCUCUUGUUCGAAAUCUAAAAGUGUGUAUUGUGAGGGGCUGUGGUAGUUUAAAAUAUCUAUUGACGUCCUCUAUGGUUAAAAGUUUAGUGAAUCUUGAAGGCCUCCUUGUUGAGAAUUGUAAGAUGAUGGAAGGGGUAAUAGUCCCAGAAGAAGGAUUUGCAGAAGAAGUCACGACCCAGAAGAUAUUUUUUCCUAAUUUGGAAGCCUUGGUACUUGGUGACCUUCCCAAACUCACAAGAUUCUGUUCUGGAAAUUACAUCCAAUUCCCUUGCCUUACAAGACUUUUAAUAAGAGAAUGUCCUCUAUUGAAGGCGUUCACCUCUAGCCCUGUUAUUGGAGACAUAGUAGUCAGUACAGAGAAAGCUGAAAACACCUGCACACCACCUCUAUUUGACGCAAAGGUGGCCGUCCCUGUGCUAGAGACACUAGUAAUUGAUCACAUGGAGAGCUUGGACAAGUUAUGGCACAACCAGCUUGAUGCAGAAUCAUUUUGCAAAUUAAAAGACCUUCACGUAAUUGGCUGUAAAACACUAGAGAGCAUUUUCCCAUUUAGUAUGCUGGAAAGGCUUCAAAGACUAAAACGACUGGUCAUUAGGAAAUGUGAUUCACUAGAAGAGAUAUUUGAACCUGAAGGACAUAUUGCUAGCUAUUCACAAGCACUGGUAGCCAGUCAGCCAACUUUGGUAGAAGCUGAAACCAAGUUGGUACUUCCAACAUUGGUAGAACUGUGGCUUGAAAGCCUACCCAAGCUCAAGGGUUUUGCCAUCCAAUACACAUUAAAUGUCCAUCUCUGAAGAAAUUGGAGGUGGAUGGAUUCCAGCAACUAGAGAUAUUUGCUUUUGAAUUUCCAAGCUUCCAAAGUACAACUAGUGAUCACCAACUUGAGACUCGACAAUAUCCUCUUUUU